UUCUCUUUUUAAGCCGUUUCGCUGAUGGACUGCAAUUCAUUCGCAGAAGCCACCAGUGAAGAAGAAGUUCCCUCCUGGGGUGUUUUAGGGAAUUAUUCUUCUGUUUCUUUUCUUACACUUUCUUAUACUAAUACCUUGUUCAGGUUUGAUUCCUAGCGCGCAGCGCUUCCCUUCCUUCUCUCUUAUAUGAUCAAGUCCCCGCGAUCACUUUCUGCUGGGUGUUCCGAAGUGUGCGAUGUGGCUGGCGAUGGAUUGAAGUGUAUAGAAGCGGUGAACGAUUUAAAAACCACUAAAUUCGGCACAUUGAAUUAUCCUCCGUUCUCCUGCCCAGCGUAUUUUAUUAAUCUGUUUUAUAUCUAUGGCUUGCCCUUGGUGAACUAGAAGGAUAGAAAAGGAGUUUUCUUACUGUUUUAAGGAACGGAGGGCAGGGCGUGUAUAGCGAACCAAAUAACAGUUGAAUUCUUUUUUGGAUGCCCCUGAAUGGAAAUGUGUGAAAGCUGAAGGCACAGCAUGAUAGGUAAUUGGCCAAAGGGGCUUCUGCAGUGGGAGAAGUAGUCUCCUCACUCAUUUAGACUUUCCUGGAGAUCUGUCCCCUUUUUUUCCUUGAUAUAUAGGGUAUCAUGUCUCAGGAAAGUCAGCAUGGGAAAUGGACAUUGUCCAGUAGUGAAGAUAGUAUGGAUGAAUUAGCUGAUUCUGAGAAGCCUUCUACCUCUGUGAUGCAGAGAGGCCACGAAAGUAAAAAGAGCAGCCACUCUGUCUCAGAGGCAAGGAAAGCUGCUAACAAGAGAAAAAUGUCUCCUCUGAAAUAUGUAGCUGGAAACUUUUCAAAGGAGGAUGAGGCCUCAGAUCAGAAAUUUGCCCGGGAAGACUUUGGCUGGUGUCUUUCCAGUAGUGAAGAUGAGGAUCUUAAAACCUCAAGUGGAAAUAAAGAUGCAAUAACUACAGUCAGAAAAGCAGAGAGUGGGACACUCAUGGAGCUACCAACAGCUUGUAAGAUUCCAUCAAGUCACAAGUCUGAAGAGCCAUCUGAAGUACAGGACACAUGGGAUCUGUUGAAUGGGCAGGACCCUUUCAGAUUCUUCCUCACUAAAGUCAAAGGAAUUAAGUCAAAAUACAAUUCCCGAGCCCUUCAUAUAAAAGAUAUUUUAUCUCCUCUUUUUGGGACUCUUGUAUCUUCUGCUCAGUUUAAUUAUUGUAUAGAUGUGGAAUGGCUGGUCCAACAAUAUCCAAAGGAAUUCAGGGACAAACCUUUAUUAAUAGUCCAUGGAGAGAAGCGAGAAUCCAAGGCUGAGCUACAUGAAGAUGCUCACCCUUAUAAAAAUGUUCGUUUAUGCCAGGCAAAAUUGGAUAUUGCCUUUGGAACCCACCACACGAAAAUGAUGUUGUUGAAUUAUGAAGAAGGCCUUCGAGUGGUGAUACAUACAUCCAAUCUUAUUGAUGAUGAUUGGUACCAGAAAACCCAAGGAAUAUGGCUAAGUCCUUUGUAUCCAAGAUUGCCUCCCGGGAGUCCUGAGUCUGAUGGUGAAUCUCAUACGCAUUUUAAAUCAGAUCUAAUCAGCUAUUUGAUAUCUUAUAAAUCUGCUAGUCUGAUGGAGUGGGUUGAAAUAAUUAAGCAGCAUGAUCUUUCAGAGACCAGGGUAUAUCUUAUUGGGUCAACUCCAGGUCGAUACCAAGGUGAUGCAAAAGAAAAAUGGGGUCAUCUUAAACUGAGAAAGCUUCUGAAAGAACAUGCAACACAAAUACCUGAUCAAGAUUCUUGGUCUAUAAUAGGACAAUUCUCAAGUAUUGGAUCAAUGGGAGUUGAUCAAUCCAAAUGGCUGUGUUCAGAAUUUAAAGAAAGUUUGGGGAGUUUAGGAAAAAAAUUGAAGACUUCUCCAAAUGAAAUUCCUAUCCAUCUGAUUUAUCCAAGUGUCGAAAAUGUGAGACGGAGUUUAGAAGGUUAUCCAGCUGGAGGUUCUCUGCCAUAUAGUAUACAAACUGCACAAAAGCAGCUUUGGCUACACUCUUAUUUCCACAAAUGGUCAGCUGAAACUUCAGGUCGUAGUCAUGCAAUGCCACAUAUUAAAACUUACAUGAGAGCAUCCCUGGAUUUCCAGAAGAUUGCAUGGUUUCUAGUGACAAGUGCCAAUCUUUCCAAGGCUGCUUGGGGAGCUUUUGAGAAAAAUGGCACCCAGCUGAUGAUCCGAUCAUAUGAACUAGGAGUUCUGUUCCUGCCUUCAGAGUUUAACUUGAAUACAGGGUAUUUCCAAGUAAAGGAAAAUAUGUUUGCUAAUACAUCAGUAUUGUCAUUUCCUGUUCCUUAUGAUCUGCCCCCUGAAAAGUAUGAAAAAAAAGACCACCCAUGGAUUUGGAAUAUUCCUUACACCAAAGCUCCUGAUACAAAUGGUAAUAUGUGGGUUCCGAAAUGAACGUUUAAAGUAAUUCUGAAUCUUUAUUUGGAAUCAUUUGAAUACCUGUCAGAUUUUAUGCUUUAUAUCUGUACAUUUUAUUAUAUAUCUGUACACUUGGAAAAAAAUUGUUUGAAUAAAAUAAAGACUUUAGGUUAUUAUUACUAACAGCAUUUUUGAAAAAAAAUAAUUGCUUUGAAGAUUAGCAGCAUUAAAUUUCAUGAUAAAUCAUACUUUUGAAAUUACAUUUAUGUAGACUCCUUGUUUAGUGACCAUAAUUGGGAUUAGCAAUUCAGUCAUCAAGUGAAGUGGUCACUAAAUGAAAUAGGUAAUAUUCUUAUGAUCUUACUUCAUCUUUCCUUUGCUUCACAGAGUAAUAAAUAUAAGGAUUGAUCAUAAAGUUAUCUUUCAUUACUAACAUAAUAUUUUUCAUCACUCAAAACUGGUCACUAAAUGAAGCAAUUGCUAAACAAGGUGUAUCUGUAAAUUAAAAAUUUUUGAAAUGGC